GGAUCCUUAGACGCUCAUAUAAUCGUGUACUAAUUUUUCUUUGCCAAAUACGAAAUUGUUUUUGUUUUUAAGUUAGUCAUCAAAUAUCAAUUAAUUGUGUUAUCAAAUCAAACCGGUCACCGGUGUUACUUCCUUUUUUUAAUCACAUGUGUAUAUACUAUUUUAUGGGACACAUAACACAGAAACAUAAUAAUUGGUUUCUAAAAUAUGUUUUUUAUUUCGUAAAGUAAGCAUUUUCACGUCCAAUUUGUUUUCCUGUUACUAAGACACUAUAUACAUUUCUAGUUUUACAGUUCCCUACUGUUACAUUUCUACUCAACGUAGUUUUUGCUCAACUAAUCGAGGUUUAUUUUCGAUUAGUCCGACAUGAGUUCACAUUCGAGUUGGCAAUCGAAGCAAGUCGCAUGUCAAACUAGGAACCAUUGGUUUUUAUCAUUUCAUGCAAACAACAUUCCGGGAAAAUAAUAUUUUCCGGAUUUUUAAUGCACCCACCACCCCCUCGGUAUUUUAUAGUAAAAUCAAAAGUAUACCUACAUAAAUGUUUCUAAAAUAAAUAUAUAAAAUGUGUGAAGAAGUUAUUAAACUCAAAGAUCUUAAACACGUUCCAGACAAAUAUUAUGGUUACACUCAAGAACUACGCAAUUCAAAAACUCCCAUUAUUAUAGAUAAUGGUAAAUAUAAUAUUUAUAAUAGAAAAUUGGAACGUAUGUAGGUACUUAUAAUAGGUAUAUAGCUGUACCAGGUUUAUAAUUUUGAUGACUGAAUUUAUUUAUAUUUUUUUUAAAAAAAUUCAAAAUAUGUUUUAUUAGGUUCAUUUACUUGUAAAGCUGGGUGGGCAACUUCUGAUGUACCAAAUCUUACAUUUAAAAACAUUUUAGCUCGUCCAAGAAAGGAACGAGGGAAAAAAGUAAUAAUUUUCAAUAUUUAUAGGUACCUAUCCAAAAAAUUCUAUAUUUUAUUUAAAAUGCAUUUUUAGGAUGGCGAAACAUUAAUAGGAAAUGACAUAGCAAAUAUAGAAGCAGUUCGGUUCCAAUUGAAGUCACAAUUUGAUCGUAAUAUAGUUACACAAUUCAAUGUUCAAGAACAAAUUUUUGAUUACACUUUUUCACAUUUGGGCAUUGAUAGUGAUGGAAAAGUAAACCAUCCUAUUAUAAUAACCGAACCUGUUGCUAAUCCUAAUUGUUCUCGGAUGUGUAAAUAUAUUUAUUUUUUUGUACUUAUUUUUAGGAUUAAAUUAUGUUAUUAUUUUUUAGUGAUGUCAGAGUUAUUAUUUGAAUGCUACCAUGUUCCUGGUAUAUGUUAUGGUAUAGAUGGUCUUUUCAGUUAUCUGCAUAAUUGUUUUGACAAAAAAACUGGACUUGUCAUUAAUUGUGGUCAUCAUACAACUCAUAUUAUACCUAUAAUCAAUGGUACUCCUGAUCUAUUAAAUAGCCGUAGAAUUGAUGUUGGCGGUUUUCACAUUACUUAUUAUUUACACAAACUUUUACAACUUAAAUAUCCAGCACAUUACAAUGCUAUUACCCUUAGCCGAGCAGAGGUAUUUCACAACAAUAUGCAACAUAUUUUUCAAUUAUAAUUAAACACUUUAAAAUAAUUGUUUAGGAGCUAUUAUAUGAACAUGGGUUCUUAGCAGUUCAUUAUACUGAUGCAUUAAAACAAUGGUCUGAUGGUGAGUAUUAUGAUCAUAACGUGAAAAGAAUACAACUUCCAUAUUCUAUGGCUGUUGUUUUAACUCCGGAUCAACAGCGAGAUAAAAGAAGAGAAAUGGCUAAAAAAUUAGUGGAGAUGAAUGCUAGAAAAAGAGAUGAAAAAGUGAUAUUAUCUGUUUUAUUUAAUUUAUUUUUAUUAUUUAAAAUUUGAAAAUUUGUUUUAGUUAGCAGAAGAUGAAGAACAACUUUAUCAAUUAUUAAUGAUUCGAGAGAUGAUUGAAGAUGGAGACCCGAUUGAAGAAGUCAAAGUAAAUAAUUAUGCAAAUUUUAAUUCGAUUAGAAUAAUUUUGUAUCAACUUGAGAUCUCAUUGUGUAAUAUGUUUGUAGGAGGUUCUGCGUUCUCAUGGAUUAAAAAACGAAAAAGAUCUAAAAAAAUUAAUAACUGAUCUUCAAACCAGAAUUGAUAGAACAAAAUCAAAAAUUGCUGCUUCUCAUCAUGCUUCAACCGUUGAAGAACAUGCUAUUGAGGAACCUAAAUUAAGAUUUUUUAAAAAUAAAAUUCAAUUACCAAAAGAGGAACCAAUUUCAAAAACCUGGCUUAAAGAUAUAUAUAAAAAAAGGCAAGACAUAAUUGAUAAAAAGGCUGUUAGAAGACAACGUAGACAAGAUAUGGCUAAAAGAGGAACUGCUGCAUCUUUAGAACGAAUGCGAUUAAUUAGUCAAUUAGCAAGAAAAGAUAAACGAGAUGAUGACUUUGGUAGUAGAGACGAAGACUGGGAUGUUUACAAAGUUAUUAAUAAAGUAAGUUUACUGUACUUAUGAAAUAUAUUUAAAAAAAUGUAAUGACCUUAUUAGCCCCUUCAUUACCUUAGAUAUAACAGUGGUUGGGGUUUCACAUAAAUGUGAUAUGGUAUAAGAGUAAUGACAUACAAAUAUUUUUUUCUUCUGUUUACUUAUCUAGAUAUGAAAUUGAGAAAAAGUCUGACAUUUUUACCAUUUACCAUAGAUAUAUAUGAUGUUAUUUAAUAGUUUUUGUGUAAAAUUUUCUCUAGAAAUAUGCGAAGCAGAAUAUAUUAAUCAUUAUGAUUAGUUAUAAUUUUAAUUCAUAAUAAUUUUAGGAAGGUGGAGACACUGACAGUGAAGAGGAACAAGAAAAAAUAACUGAACUUGAAGAUAUUUUACGGUUUUAUGAUCCAUCAUUUGUUAGCUCUAAUACUAGUGAGGAACAAAAUCCCAAAGAAGCUCAUCAAUUACAUUUUGGUAUAGAACGUAUGAGGUGUGCAGAAGUACUUUUCCAACCAUCAAUAAUUGGCUGUGGACAAGGUGGAAUAAGUGAUACAGUAGAAUUCAUAUUGAAAAAGUAUAAUGCAGAUAUAGCCAAAGAUUUAACUGAGAAUGUAUUUUUAACUGGUGGUCCAACUCAAUUACCUGGUUUUCAGCAAAGAGUUUAUAGGGAGCUUAGGGAAAUGCAACCAUUAGAAUCAAGUAUAAAUGUAAAACUGUCUGAUUCCCCAUUGCUAGAUUCUUGGUUUGGUGCCAAAAAAUUUGCUAACAAAAAGGAUUUUCAUAAAUAUUUAUUAACACCUGAAAUGUAUGCAGAAUUGGGUGGUGAUUAUUUUAUUGAAAACUCUUGUUCUAAUAUAUACUGUCCAUUGCCAGAUUUCCUUAAUGUUCAAGACUCUGAAUUAUUAAAUAUUCAAAAUCCAGAAUAGUAAUUAUUU